CACCGUCGCUGCACGGGCUGUGCGCACCACGGUCCCCCCGCUCCGUCCGUCGCCCAGGUUUUAGGCGUUUUGGCAGUCGCAGGCUAGUCCUGUCCCCUUCUUUUUUUCUUCUUCGCGUGGUAGAGCUGUGCUCGUUUCGUUCAUCUUCUUCAAGUUCAAGCUUUACGCGUUCCGCUCGUUGACUCUUCUUCCCUGCUCGCUGCCGCCUGCCUGCCUGCCUGCCUACUCCCUCGCUUUCCUUCACCAUGCAGUUCUUCAUCGCUCUCCUCUACCUCACGGCCCUCUUCUUCUCGUGCGCGCUGGCCAAGGACUUCGACGUCGCGGUCGGCGAGAACGCGGCGCUCACGUUCAACCCGUCCUCGCUCACUGGCGUGCAGAACGGGGACACGAUCACCUUCCAUUUCCUUUCUGGCAAUCAUACCUUGACGCAGAGCACGUUCGACGAGCCCUGCAAGGCCAAGGAGGGUGGCGUAGACUCGGGAUAUCAGGACGUGCAGAAUGCAGGCGGCGGCGAUAGGCUUCACUACAGCAUCACGAUCAACAACGCGUCGACACCGCUUUGGUUCUUCUGCGGUCAGACUGGCCACUGCCCGCGCGGCAUGGUCUUCGCCGUCAACCCGACUGCGGACAAGACCUUUGCUGACUUCCAGGGCACUGCCAAGCAGGUCACUCCCGGCUCGGCUGCAAACCCAGACUACGUGCCCUCGGUCACUACGAACACCACCGUGUCUGGCGCCACCGCGAAUAAUGGGGCUCUCAGUGCUGUUUGGGCGACAUCGUACGGCUGGCUUACUGCAGCCGUCGCAGGCGUACGGAUAGCAUCGGAUCAGUGCGGUCUCCCCUAUCCAAACCUCAACGCGCGCAUGCUACCUGUCCGCCUUCCCACAAUGCGCCACUUCACUUCUCUCCCCUUGGACGACGACAUCCUCCAGCUCAUUCUCUGUCAACUUCCAGACUACAAGUCGCUACAGUCUGCUAUCUGCUCCUGCAAAGCCUUCCACCGCAUCUAUAGAACCUAUCCUGUCCAGAUCGAGUACGCGGUCGCCACAAAUAUCGCGGGACCGUCGAUUCCCCAGGCUUUGAGAGUAGCACGCUUUGAGCUAUUUGAGGACCUUACGGGCGAAGUCGAGGAGCGGAAGGACGCCUUUCCCGAGACGAACGGGCCGGUUCGGCUGGACAGACAGGAGAAACAGCUCAUCUAUGAGUACACAAAGAAGGUCGACCGUUUGGAGACGCUCUUCAGCAGAAGGCAUAAGACUCGCAAGCCUACGGUCUCACAACUGACGAGUCUGGAGUCUCUUCGAUUCCGGCGCGCAGUGUACCGGCUCAUGCUGUACUGCCACAUACACGGCGGCGUAGACGACGAUUGGGAGGCGGAAGAGUCCGAUAGGGAAAGUAUCGAAGAGCUAUACGAAAAGCACCGCGACUUUUUGGAUCAAUAUGGCACGGACGACCUGCGGGAGAUGCAAGCAGUGGCCGACUUCAUCACCGAAAUAGCCCACUGCGUGCGGAGAGAGGUGGAGUCAGGGGAACAUGUCAUUGUCUCCAUGGACUUUUUCGACGACUUCUUCCUCGCCCGCGGGCCGCUGGCAGCCUUGGAAUGCUACGACGCGCGUAGCUUUGCCCCGAUAGAAGAGGAUGCCAUCGACGCGGACGGGUCCGAGAUGAUGUUCUGCGCUUUCCUCAGCCAGCCUGUUGCGCGGAUAAUGAGUGCAAGAAAGGCCGACUAUAGGAGCAACCAUUGGAGGGCCAUUUUGGAUAGCAUACCCGAUGAGCAUGCGACGUGCGAUCGCUGUCAUGAAGUGAAGGGCCUGGAACUGUACGACGAGACGAACUACGAUGACCUCUUCGGCGUGGAGGGGUUGAAUCACCGCGAGCUGCCAAGCUUGUUCAAGGGCCAUCUCAGUCGCCAUUAUACCGAAAGGUUCGAGAUUGGGGCAUACUUCGACGGCACUGCGUUCUUUGACUACGGCGCUUUUCUGAAGGCGAUCCUUGCGUACUCGACGCCGGUGGUCGCAUCGGCGUCCGACGCCUCCGCGCCGGCCGAUGCUUCUACUCGCUCACCCGCAGCCGCAGCUGCAACGGCGUCCUCAUCUGUGGCCGCAACAGCAGCUCCUCAAAGCAUGAGCCUCGAGGAGUGGGCCGAGGCAAUAGACGAUGACGAGAGUGGUGCGUCGGAGGCUUCCAGCGGCAGCGCUUCGGGCGCCUUCGCUAGUAGCAGCGCAUCGGCUCAGCCAGCGCUCCCAUCCUCACCGCGCGGCCCGUGGGACGGGCUGUCCACGUCGAGCGCAUUGUGCGCCGAGUGCCUGAAAGGCGUCAUAUCCGAGUUCCUGCCGCGUUGGUGGCUCGAUAGGAAGAGGAACGCCGGUGAAACGAUCCCAGCUGAGAAUUGUUGGUACGGUUGGAACUGCCGUACGCAGACGCAUAGGCUACAGCAUGCGACGAGGCUGAACCACUUCUGCAAGCCAUCGCGCGGGGAUGGUGUCUAA